UCGUGCAAACUCACUCGCAAGAGAGUAGUCGCUGCAAACUCUUCUCAAACUUUUAUGUUUUUUCUGAAUUAAAGAGAAAAUUAAUAAUCUAAAACCAGCUUGCAUUAACGGGGGCCAUACUAGCGACAGGAGAAACUAUUUGGACUUCGGACUUUGUGAGAGCGGAGCAUUGGAAGAAGUUGUGGACUUUUCUCCGACAUCUUACAUUAGUGGCAUUGAGAUUAUAGCGCCUCGGUAUAUUUAUUGCAGGCGGUCAUUGUUUCAUAACUUUAAAGCUUGGCUUUUGCAAAUCUCAAGUCAAAAUGAACAUCUUUCGUCUGGCCGGUGACGUGUCGCAUCUCCUAGCUAUCAUCAUAUUGUUUAUGAAGAUCUGGAGGUCCAAGUCAUGCGCAGGCAUAUCGGGAAAAUCCCAGGUGCUUUUUGCCCUCGUCUUCACCAGCAGAUACCUGGACCUCUUCACCUCCUUCAUCUCUGUCUACAACACGGUUAUGAAGGUGGUGUUCCUUAUGUUGGCGUAUGCCACUGUGUAUCUGAUUUACAUGCGAUUCAGAAGCACCUACGACUCUGAGAGCGACUCCUUCCGCGUCGAGUUCCUCCUGGUUCCAGUGGCUGGACUCUCCUUCCUGGAGAACUAUGCAUUUGCUCCCCUGGAGAUCCUCUGGACGUUCUCGAUCUACCUGGAGUCUGUGGCCAUUUUGCCUCAGCUCUUCAUGAUCACUAAGACUGGUGAGGCAGAGUCCAUCACCACUCACUAUCUCUUCUUCCUGGGGCUCUACCGCGCCCUCUACCUGGCUAACUGGGUAUGGCGCUACAACACGGAGGGCUUCUUUGAUCAGAUAGCAGUGGUGUCUGGCGUGGUGCAGACCAUCUUCUACUGCGACUUCUUCUACCUGUACUUUACCAGAGUUCUAAGAGGAAGUGGUAAGAUGACCUUGCCAAUGCCAGUGUGAGCGACGACCUCUGACCUCUCUUGGAACUUCACACCGCCCUCGACCAUUGGAACUCUUGUCGAUCCACCUGUCCCACAAUCCCCUUCACCAGACUGCAGUUCACAGUGAACAUAUCUUCUUCCAGCCUCCCAGAGACUUCAAGCAAAGUGUAUGCCUCUUCUUCAGUUUGCACUCCCGUCUGAAGCCCUGGGAAGAAGUGCCUUGUUGUUUAGUGCACACUGACCAGCCAACUGUGAUAUGACCGCCACCUGUUCCCUGCUUUGUUUUCUCUGGUUUGAAAUGCACCGACGUGACUGUCACGGCUGUGUUGUCUGGUGGCUUCCCCUGCAGUGGCAGCGUCAGAGCUCAGAUGGUUUUUCCAGAAUCACUGAGCCUGAUUCUGCAUUUGGGAGGUGCAGUUUCUCUUGUGUGUACUUCUCUCCUUCACUCUCUCUCUCUGUCUCAUUAUGGUUUUGACUCAGUAUUUAUGGCCUCUUUUGGGUUAGAUUUCCAUACUCUCUGUAAACCUGACUGUAUGAUACAUUUGGUACUACAUAAAUGUGCAGUAUGCCAUCAUGGUACAGCUUUAAGUUAUUUGUGAUUUCUGAAAGAUCUUGGCUUCUCCACGUAGAGCAGUUUUUCCCCCAGUUCAGUUUAUUCAUUCGGGGAUUAAAAACGGAUUUUACUCUCUUUGGCUUUUCCUUUAUUCCGUUUUUUAAUCUUCCAACACUUUGUCUUUUUAUUAUUAUUUUCUACAUUGUGUUGUGUUUUAAACUGUUUUGUUGCAUUAAGGGACUAUAGAGAUGUUUUGUACUCGAGGCAGGAGAUGCAUAACUGAUUGUGGUAUCACAAUUAUUUUUAUUUAAGUGUGAUUUGAUAGUUUGUCCGUUUUCCUGUAACACUCUGCUGCAGAUUAAGGAUGAUUAAGAUUCAUUAAUGAUAUCAGGGUCUUCUGACUAACACUCCAAACACUGUUGUCUGGUACAGUAGUACUGGUUUGACAAUCUAAGGAAAUUAAGAUCUACCCACAGAUUAUAUGUGAUUUGUUCUGUUAAAGCAUGGCAA